AUGGCCAGUAACAAUUCAUUCAUCGUUGUGCUUGUUUAUCCCAAUUGUCGUAUGAGAAAUAGCGACAACAGAGUGACAUUUGAGUAUCAGGAUCCGAUAUUGUUUCCCACUCAGCGUGUGGAGACGUUGUCGGAUUUAAAAAGUUUGAUAUUGAGCAAGCUCGAUGGUACACAAGCGAGGGAGAUAGGUAGGGUGGGGUAUAGGUUGCUGGCACCCAUGGGAAAUGGAGUCUUCCGGUUUCGAUUAUUCCGACUUCAUGGGGACGAGCAUGUGCGACUGAUGUUCGACAUUCAUGGGAGGAUCAUGUGUGAACAGGUAAUGGAGCUAUCCGCCAGUCUAGAUUUGGAUGCCAUGCAUGAGAGGACCCCGAUUUUUGACACCAGUGAAGUGAAUUACAACCUAGACGAUGGUGUAGAGUUUCGGGUCAAACACAUGUUCAGAAGUCGAGAGGCGGUGCUUCAAGGUGUGAAGAACUACAGUAUUUGCGGGAGUGCUGAGUAUCGGGUGAUCGAGUCCGACCGGUUAAAGUACCAUGUGCAACGCCGUCAAGCCGACAGUGGGUGUCAAUGGAGCCUCCGUGUGGCCCUUCGUCAGAAUCUCGGUUACGGGGAGGUUCGGAGUUUUGGUGGACCACACAGCUGUCUAGCACCCACCAUGUCUCAAGACCAUUGUCAGUUAGAUAGCAGUCUCAUCUGCAGGGUCAUAUUGCCCUUGAUUCAGUCCAACCCCUCUGUCAGCAUCCCGAUUUUCCAAGCUGCGGUCCAGGCAAUGCAGAUCUGUUUUCGCGGCACCAUAUGUGACCUACGCAUCAAAUCGUACUACAAUGGACACCUCAUGGUGCGCUACUGCAGCAUGUUCGACAAAGUAUUUUGGGCUUUCUCGUCAUAUGUCGAGGCCUUCAAGCAUUGUAAGCCGUUUGUAUCCGUAGACGGCACGCAUCUGUUUGGCAAGUAUGGUAGAGUAGUGUUACUUAUUGUGGUGCCGCAAGACGGGAACAUCAAUAUACUGCCAAUUGCUUUUGCCAUUAUUGAGUCUGAGAACACCGAGUCAUGGUCAUUCUUUCUUACUAAUUUGAGGUGCCACGUCACCCCACAAGACGGCUUGCUGGUUAUAUCCGACAGAUCUCAGGCCAUCAAGGCCACCUUAAGCUCUAAUGACAGUGGUUGGCAUCCCCUUAGGGCGUUUCAUGCUUACUGUAUCAGACACAUGGCAGCAAAUUUUAUGAGCCGGUUCAAGUCAGCCGAGGGCAAGCGAUACCUCAUAAACGCUGCUUAUAGUCCCAGUCAGGCCGGGUUUGAGUGGUACAUGGAUGCAUUGAGAGGCGUCUCUCCGGCGAUGGCGGACUGGGCUGAUCAUUUCAAAAAGGAGAUUUGGCUUCAGCAUUACGACAGUGGCCGAAGGUUUGGACACAUGAACACAAAUCUGUCCGAGUGCAUUAAUGCUGUGUUGAAGGGAACACGCUAUUUGCCCAUUUCGGCCAUUGUGCGGAUAACCUAUGAGAGACUACAAAAGUUUUUUGUUACAAAGGGUAAGGAAGCGCAGAGCUAG